UCGAAGGAAGUGUGUUUUAUGAGCUCAGUUCAAAAGUUUUUAAAAUUAAACUAUUUUGUUUUGUAAACAAGAAAAACAAAGAGUUAAGUCAGAGAAAAAAAUUAAGUAAUAUAUAAGAAAAAUAUAAAAAAUACCUUGUCAAGUAGGUAGAAGGAACACAAAAUUAUUACGAUGUUGAACAUGUGAAAUAUUUCAAGAAGGAUAUCUUUAUAUUUCCAGCUUAGGAAAGGAUACUUCCUACCCAACUUUGCCGUCAACAUAUGGAGCCUUUGUUUUGCUUCAACGUAAUUCCUAUUUUUUCUGGCUGUUUGCAACGGUGCGUGGACAAAUAAAUAUUAUUAUCGGACGAGAAAGAUCAAGAACUAAAAACGAAAAAAACAAAAACAGAUUCUACAUCUAUGUUUCAUACAUCCAUCCUACAUGGAGAAGUUAAAGCUAAAUAAAGGCGUGGUAAUUCUGUGGAAAGCAUUGUUUAUUGUUUCCGUCGCAAGAGCUACUAUUGAUCCAAAAUGGGAGACAGUUUUUAAAAGCAGAAGUAACUUGGACUGGCAAGCUGUCUGGCAUGAAGAACGCCACCAACGCUGUUUUCGUGAAUUAGUUAGUCACAUGGACUGGGCAUGUGCAAAGGAUGUCUAUAAAAUCAGACGAAUGAAACGAAGCAAAACUUUAGUGGACAGGGCAUUGGGUGAUGAGAAGUCAUUUUUGUCAGAAACUCUUGCACACAGUUUGUUAAAAUAUGAUAAACCGAACGGAAAUCAUCAAAUCACCAAGCGUGGAAUUAUGGAUGAAUGUUGUCAUAGCUCUGUGGGCUGUUCCUGGGAAGAGUAUGCGGAAUACUGUCCUAUUCAUAAACGUAUACGAAACUAACCAGGAAGCUUAAAAAUGCGAAACUAACUUACUGCACGAAAAUUAAAUUAAGUUUAAAAAACAAUGAUGAAAAAAAUUUAACGUGUAAAUUAUGUAGUAUGAAAUCAAUUUUAUAUUUGUUUAGAAGUUUCUUGAUGACAAAAUGUACCAGAACGAUAAAAUAUUUAUAUUCGUGGGUAAUAUUUCUGUUCUCAUCAUUCAAUUUCCGGCUCUAACUUUGAUUUAAUGUAUAGGUAAAAAUUUCAAUGAAUAAAGCUUCUUUCACCAUAU